AUGCGAAACUUCGACGUGUAUCACGAAAGACCGGCACACGAGAGGAGGAUAUCGUGGCCACACGAUCCAACCAACAACAACAGCACUCGUUGGAUGAAACAUAAUUGUAUGAUGGCGGCUUCAUCAAAUCAUUCGGAAAACGAGUGCAACAACAAUAUUUUAGAGGAUUGUUUUGUGGAUCAACCUCAUGUUUUUUUCGGACAUGAUGAUUCCGAUCUUGUAAAAUUUCAAGCGAUGGAUUGGUUUUUAGACUUGACCAUGGACUACAUUUCACGUUUAAUUUUGAUAUUUCAACUUUAUAUUUCAAAGUUUUCAUCAAAACAUACCUUACACACUUUGUUAAUUUUUACAAUUCUUCCAAUAGCAGCAGGCUCAAUCGGAGCAACAAAUUUAAAAUUGUAUCAAUGUCCCAAUGGAUUUUUGCAAUACUCGACAUCGAUUUCCUAUGCAAAUAGCAUUAUUUCUACGUGUCAGAUAUGUGAUGGAUCGUUUACAUGUUCAGAUAGCACAGAUUGGAAUGGAGGAACAAUUUCAUUUUCAAACCCUUUACUAUCUACUGAUAAGCUAGUUGCAAUAAGUGGAAAUUUAUUGUUUCAGUAUGACACAUGCGACAGCAACUCUCUACUCAUGAAUCAAUCCAAUUUGUUGACUAUAUCAUUCAAUAAUCAACCUUUUGUGAGCUCGACGUUAAUCAGUGGAGGGUGCUCAUGCUUUGGAUGUUCACAAUUUGCAUUUUCAUACACAAAUUACAACAUUUUGAAAAAUUUGAUACAAGCGCCCACAACUCAAUUUAGGAUUGACCGUACAUAUGAUACAAAUAUUUGUGUCAAUAGAAUAGAUUUAACCUAUUGCUAUGUUCAUGAGGGAAAUAUUACCAGUUAUUCUUUUAUUUCACCAAAUGGAAAUAAUUUGGACAUUGAUAUUUCUAACAUUACUGCUCCACUGAACCAAGAGUUGAUUUUUACUAUUGCCAAUAGCGGACCAGAUGCAGCUAGCUCUCUAGAUGUCACUUUCCGAUUUUCCUCUCUGGCUACUUUGUCAGUCAAUGAUCUGUCCAUUGUAUUUACAAACAACUUUAUUCCCUCAAUACCUUCAAAUUUAUGCAACUACACUAAUAGUUCCUACAAAUGCCCCAUGCUCGGUCGUUACUGUUCAUGGAACAAUCUUGUGCUGAAAUGUGUAGUUGGUGCUAUUACUUUGGUAAAUGUGACUGGAGCAAACAACACAAGCAUCAUUGAGGACAUACAUCCAUCUUUGGGAAACAAUUUUUCUCUAGUGAUGCAAACAACCAUACAAGCUCAACAACAAGGUGUAAACACUACGACUAUCAACUAUUCUUUGAAUCCUUCACAAAGUGCAACUCCAGUGUUGGACUCUAAUCUAGAUGAUAACAAAGGUGUUCUUGCUGUAAAUUUGUUUUCUAAUGAUAUCAAGAGAUUCUUGACAUUGGGAACAAAACUAAAGGAUAGAAUUUCUUUCAUUUCUUCGAACAGAUAUGCAACGUUCAUUCUUAAAGUGUUACCAAGCGACGUGAGCAGUUUUUCUAAACCUAUUGUUCUACUAGACUUUAUAUUUUCAGACAGAAUCAGUUUUAAUAUCAUGAUUUCAGAUACAGAUUCUUUACUAUUUCAGAGAAGAGUAUAUUCUGAUGAAUUAUUUAUACUUUCUGCUACUGAAUAUCAGUACAGUAUUUCAAUUCCAUUUUUCAGAUAUGAUAACACCCUUCUGGAUGCAACAACCUUCACAAUUUCAAUGAAGUCUAUUUCUAAUGCGACCGCUCUUACUGAUCCUGAGUUGGUGCAAUUUGUAGCCAGCUCCACAAUUAUUAAUAUGUUGCAUCCAGCAAUUAACAGUGAUCCAAUUACAGAUUCAUCCCUUUUUUUGAGGUCUUGGAAAUUUUACUACGUCACGUCAUAUUCGGACAGUGCCAUUUUGAAUAUUUUGUUUGAAACAACCGCAGCUUACACAGACUCGCUUACCAUUUUCAUUUCAGUAGCAUCUCAAUCAAGCACUGGAAAGUAUCCUGCAUUUCCAUUUGAUUGGCAAAUGCACAAAUUACCUUAUCCUUCUCCAGAAUACUUGCUUCCGUCAAUCAUCAAACCAAACUCAGAUACCAAAUUGUCAUGGUCUUACAAGGAUGUUUCGAGCACUAAACAAGUCUACUUGUUGGCUGUUUAUGGAAAAUCUUGUCCCUUCAAAUGUUACUACAAAACACGAGCUUAUUUAACGGAUGAUGAAAGAAUUUUGUUGUCAGCUUCUUCCCCAUCCGUGACAAAUGUCUACCAGAAAAAGGAACCAUUUUUACUUCACUAUACAACCAAGAUGAAGAUAUUAAGAUAUAACAACAAUACCAAAUUGUUGGGAAAUUUGUUGAGAUAUUCCUUUACCAUUUCAAAUCCCACACGUCCUCUUAAAAAUCCCAAUAUUGAAGUUUAUAUACGGAAAGAUUUAUUUCCAAAUGCACAGCUUUAUGAUUUUAAAGAUGUGGCCUGUGGAUUACAAAUUAACGGACAUAUUGAGCUAUCUGAUACGAUUUACGACCAUGAAUGGUACUUUGGAUAUAUUUUUACACAUGACACUGGAGGAGACACUACGACUGACACUGCCACAGUUCAGGUCUCUUUCUGGAUCGAUGAUCCUAUCGUGUUUGUCGAUCAACUUGAAGAAACGAUACUAGAUCCACACUUUGAUGUCCUUAGUAUUGGAGGUUAUAUUAAUAAUUCUCAUUAUGACCCAUCCAAAAUAAUUUCUAAUAUUCCUUUUAAUGUGAUUUAUACGUCAGUUAUUGUUAUUCAAGGUUCUAUGUUUCCAAUCUCGUUUUUCUCAAAGAUUGGAGAAGUUCCAUACAUUGACGAUUUUGAUAUAACUUUCCAAAACUUAUUUACAUUGAAUUCCACACUAAUCGUUUCAGAUAUGAUGUUAACCAUUAAUUAUGUGCUGAGUGCCAAUGGUGGUUCCUUCAUAGUUUUCAAAAAAGAACCUCUCUUAUUGACACCACCCAUUAAUAACAAGGUUAUUCUUGGAAGAUAUAACAUUUCAACUUGGCAAUUUUCUGAUCUUCGAGAAAACGGCUUUCUUCAACUCUCUGAUUCAAAUUUACUAUUUGAUAGAAGAGACUUUGCAUCAUUUGGAGUGUACGAUUUCAGUAGAACCAUCUAUCAGAGCCUUUUCCAAAACAUUUCAAACUCAGUGUGCACUGGAGUCACGAUUAAUGAUACUACGAACGCUACUACUGCUACCACCGUGACCGUUUUGUCGUAUAGCUCAUUUCCAAUUUCAGUUGCCCUCACAACAAGAUAUGAUGGGUACAACCCUCUGAUUUCUAUUAAUGGUACUCAAAAUAUGGCAACUACAACAUUUAGUACGUCAUCUUUGGAACAAGCAAACAUCACGAAUACCAAUAUCACAUCUGUCUCAACCAUUACCUCCUACGCUCCGUUCAUAUUUUCCUUUGAUAUUAAUGAGAUAUUAACGAGAUAUUACAAGAGUUUCGAAAAACAACAAACGAUCCAGAACGAGUUACUUCCUAUCAAUCACCCAGUCAAUCCAAAUGAUUAUUUAGCAUCCACACAAUUUAGAAUUGAAAUAACAUUUUGGGACAUUGUGGAUUUGAAUGCAUUCUCUUGCUCCAUCGUUGGAGGUUUUCAAAAAUUGGUAGUACCUCAAUUAGGAUCAAAGAACAUUCCGCCUGAUGCUACUUUAGAGAAGGAAAUUUACAAAUACAAGAAGUCUGAAAAUGGUGUGACAUCACCUUCGUUUUACUAUAUGGCAAAAUAUUCACUCACCGUUAGCCUUCAAUCUCUUUAUAAUUAUUCAUCCUAUCAUAAUAUUACACAAUUUGGAUACAAUGCGCUACAACCAAACAGCUCAUUUUAUGUCUCAAUUUGGAACCAAACUCAAGUUUAUCAUCAUGAAAUUAUUUCAUUCAUUGUAAACGAUGGAAAAAUUUCAAACGAGUUAACAUUUUUACCGUAUACCACAAAUGCAUUGAUUGCAAUCACAGCACUGGUAUUUGUGGUUGCUCUGGUAUUUAUGGUUGGAUUUUCAUGUAAAUUGCUCGAAAAAUACCACAAGAGAAAGAUCACAACAUUUGAGACGCUGAGAGAUAACGAUCCACUUUGUUUUGCAUGUUCUGUUUGGUUUAAUUUAUUUGGAGCUAAGGCAAGAAGUCGCCGUGCUCGACAAUUACAAAUAUUUGUACCAGCCAUGUUUAUAUUUGUGAUUGGAAUUGUUUCAGUGGUGGUUUUUCUUGCUCUUGCACUUAGUUACAGUGAUCAUGUGGUUUGCUGUUCUCAAGCAGGAGAUGUCAUUUAUCAAUUUAACAAACAAGGAUAUGAUCCAAGUUCACAAGAGUAUAAGAACGAACAAUCAAAAUUUGGGCUGUACACACUUGGAACUGCUUCAACCAAAUGCUUCAUUUCAUCAAUUUAUUCUGACAUUUCACAGGUUCAAAGCACACAAACAACAUCGCUGCUGCAAAAGGAAUAUAUAGAACCAAAAUUUGUGAUACCUAUUCUGGAUCGGCCUUCACAAGGUGUAAAUAAUGCAGUCAUGUUGUGUCCAAGAAGCGUUUUCAAGUCUGUAGUCAUUAGAGGCUCAGACAUUUUUGGUAUGAUUGGAACGUUGUGGUGUGGAAUAUUGAUCACCUUAUCAUUCUCAUUGUGCAGUGUUCUAUUUAUUGAGGUUGUGCUGGGCUCAUGGUUCUUGGAGACUGUGUUGUUUCCCAAGCUUGCUUAUAGAGUUUUGAACGAGUGA